AUGGACAAGCCUAGACGUUUGAAGACCACACCCCCGCCGCCCUCUGCACUGAAUGUGCUGCGGCCACUAUCGGAGAAUGGCUCGUUCCCAAGCAGUGGAGCUAUCGCCGCGAAGGUUCGCGAGCAGAAGCAGAUCGCAGACAGCAAAUUGACAGCGGGUACCACAAGCACCGUGAAGGAUCCUGCCCAAAAGAAGUCUGAUGCUUCGACCGCCAAGACCCGCGCUGACACCGGGUUUUCCAUGUCAACACCGACGACCUCGGUGCAGAGAAGAACCGAGACCGUUGCGCAGAUGUACGACAUCGACGAGAAGGGAGGACGCACUUGGCGGAGGCUUAUUGUUGAGUAUAGUUAA